AGAAGACCUAAAUAUGUCAUUUCCGGGAUGCGAUACAAUCAGUAGCUGUGAACACUUCCACACUGCUUUAUAAAGCUGUUAUUGUAAUUGAUUGGCUGUCAUAAGGCCGCCGUUUCUCUGCGUAUAAGAGUGUUAUGUGUAUUAAGAGUUAACGGAAGUCGACAUUAGGCCUCUAACACCGGCAAAAUGAAGAAAAGGAGCUCGGAGAAAAGACGCCAUGUGGUGGCGUGGAUCAACAAGGCUGAGUGGGAUCAAGUUCUGGAAUAUCUUUACUCGAAGGAUGCCGCCUUACAGAGGUAUGCACUGCAGAGGAUAUCGGCUUGGAAAGGCAGGUAUGCCAGCACUCCCGUGGCGGUGGACUGCACGGCGGACCUGGUGAGGUGCCAGGUGCUGGACAGGUCGGGGCAGUUGGACGGAGAUGACCUGGUCUUGCUUUAUGGAGCCGGCCUGAUGAGGUUUGUCAAUUUGAUUACCGAGCGACAACAGGGAAAAACAGCCCGCCCACUGAGGCGGCUGGCUGGGAACUUGAACAUCCCAACGUGGGUUGUAGACCUGAGGCAUGAUUUUACACACAGGAAGCUUCCCACUUUAAAAUGGUGUCGAAAGGGAUGCAAAGUGGUGCUAGAAUGGCUCCAGCAGGAAUACUGGUCCAGGCAGUUGGGAGGAGGACCUAGUGAGGAAUGGGAGUCAGAGUCUGAUGGAGAGGAUGAAGAGACGGACUUAAAACACCAAGGGGAUGAGCUCAUUGCAAGGCAAAAAGAAAUGGAAGCCUACAAGAAUGCACGGGAGCUUGUGAUAUCUUAUGAAAAGGAGCAGUACCAGGCUUUUGACGGGCUUCCUGAAGACAAAGAGAAGAACUUGUGGCCAGCCCCCUUUGCAGACAUGAGCUGGUUACUAGGUGAGAUCAAGCAGUUUGCUUUGCAGUCCAGUAAUCUGCUGAUUGAUGUGUUGUUGGAAGAUGGGUUUCUAGUCCCUACUGUUGAGCAGCUGGAAACAUUAGGUUGUGAAUCUUCUGACAAUGCCAGUCCUACUGAGCUCAGACUAGCGCAAAGCUUCCUGCGCUUUUGGCUGCCCCUCCUGAAGAUGCUCAACUCACCAUCCUUCAUUCACCUACUUCUGGAGAGGCUGUUUGCUGAACUGAAGCUGCUCGCUAAAGAGCAGAAUAAUGAUCACAGGGCUUUCUACAUUUCUUCUUGGAUUUCAGAAAUCAUUCUCUGCAACAGCAACAAAUUUGAAUACCAUUUCGAAACAAAGGGACAGAAGAAGGCCAGAAUGAAGGACAGGAUCUUUGUAAACCGCAUCCAGUUGAGGUGGCAGCAGCUGCUCUCAGCGUGCCUUGAUGCUCCCUGUGUCAGCACGCCUCACUUGCUCCAGUUAAUCCUGGAUGACAUGGAGCAUCCUCUCCCUCUGGAGACCCGACAGAGGCUGUUCCAGCUCUGUUCCAUCUACACACAGUUUGCGCACUCCGAGUGUGACACGUAUCCAGAGCAGAAACAACAGCCCAUAUACACACUGGAGAGUUUGCAUGAGAAGCUGCAGCACUCGCGGCGCUCCAGCCAUCGUUGGCGCUCCACGUCUGACGCUGAGAGGAGGGGUGAGUCCUCCGAGGAGUACAAAUGGGCAGAUAUUCAGGCUGAAAAAGCAAAAUUGCUCAGAGGUUCUCCAUGGCAGGUGUGCAACGAUAAGGUUUUGUGGAAGAACUAUCCUCUUGGUAAAGUCCCUGGACAGUCAGAUGACCCAUCAUGCCUCAUGGUGGACAACUACUCAACAAUGACUGUCUUUGACCAGCCUGUGGAGAUGGAGAGCAACACGACACACAAUGUCCUGGGAGUCUUGGCACCAGUGAGAACAGCUGAUGGCCUUCUUUGGAACCAUAGUGAUGUUAAUAAGCUGAAAUCUGGACUGCAACUGUUUUGAAUUGUUGUAAUGCUGGCAAGCUAGUCCCUUACCUGCUGGCACAUUGUUGAACUUGUGCUCUUACUUGUUUUUCACACUUGGACAUUUUGUUUUCAGAAUAUGUAAUAACAAAUUUGUAAAGCAAUUGAUUAAUCAAUUAGUCAUUUAUCAGGCGAGAAUGCCAAACAUUCACUGGUUCCAGCCUCUUUUUAAUGUGAUAAUUUGCUGCUUUUUUUUUUUUAAAUAUAAUGUAGGAUAGCAGUUUUUAAGCUUACAAAUUAUGUUCAUCAAUUAAAUGUCAGAAACUUGUAACUUGCCAUUAUGAUUUCCCAGAGCCCAAGGUGACAUCUUUAAAUGAUUAGUUUUAUCUGACAACAGAAAACAAAAAGUUCUGACAUUGUUGUACAGUGGGGGUUUCUUUCUCUUCCACCUGUCAUGCAAGGGAACUUGCACUGUUAAUAAAGUUGUCAGUCCUUACAAAGGGUUUUGGAGGAGAUGCCUUUCAGAGGGGAUAUUGUUGUAAGCACAAGGUGGUUUUGUGUAAUACAUUUUCUUUUGCGCACUUAUCUUAAAUAAAAAGUUACCGAAGGAA